CUUGAUAAAGCUUCUGAGGUAUGACGCGCGGAAUGUUUUCUGUCUCGCCUUACCCACCGCAUUUCCCAAGUUGGGACGGCCGGUUGUAACUCAGAUCAGCCAACUUGACCGCACUGUUAUUCAUUGUUACUCGCCCCUCGCCCCUCGCCCCAUCCAUUGUUUACUUUCUCUGAGCCCCAUCACAUCUUGCGCAACCCACGACGUCGUCAUGCGUCCCACGCUCAUUGAAUUUUCCUUGCUUGCCCUUGGUGGGAUACCAGCUGCUAACUGCCAACAGAUCCAUGGCAGAGGCCUGGCAUCUUCAGAUCCAUUCUAUCCUUCGCCAUGGAUGGAUCCCCAAGCAGACGGCUGGGAGGAGGCCUAUGCGAAAGCCAAGGCCUUUGUCUCCCAGAUGACUCUCUUGGAGAAGGUCAACCUGACCACAGGUGUAGGCUGGCAAGGAGGGCAAUGUGUUGGAAACACCGGCUCGGUCCCAAGACUCGGCCUGCGUGAGCUGUGUCUGCAGGAUGCCCCUGUUGGCCUUCGUUUCACAGACUACAACUCGGUCUUCCCCUCUGGUCAGACCACUGCUGCCACAUUUGACAAGGGUCUGAUGUACCGCCGCGGUAAGGCUAUGGGAGAGGAGCACAAGGGCAAGGGCGUAAAUAUCGCCCUCGGCCCUGUCGCCGGCCCCAUCGGCCGUGCUCCGGAAGGGGGACGGAACUGGGAAGGCUUCUCUCCUGAUCCCGUCCUGACAGGUAUCGGUAUGGCUGAGACCAUCAAGGGCAUCCAGGAUGCCGGUGUCAUUGCUUGCGCCAAGCACUUCAUUGCCAACGAGCAAGAACACUUCCGCCAAGUUGGGGAGGCGCAGGGCUAUGGUUACGACAUCAGUGAGACCCUCUCGUCCAACAUUGACGACAAGACCAUGCAUGAGCUGUAUCUUUGGCCAUUCGUCGACGCGGUCCGCGCCGGUGUCGGCUCGGUCAUGUGCUCGUACCAGCAGAUCAACAACUCGUACGGGUGCCAAAACUCAAAGGUCCUGAACGACUUGUUGAAGAACGAGCUCGGCUUCCAGGGGUUCGUCAUGAGCGACUGGCAAGCCCAGCACACGGGCGUAGCCAGUGCUGCCGCUGGUCUGGACAUGACCAUGCCUGGUGACACCGAGUUCAACACGGGCCUGAGUUACUGGGGCACGAACCUGACUCUCGGUGUCCUAAACGGAACCGUUCCCGAAUACCGCAUUGACGACAUGGCCAUGCGAAUCAUGGCGGCCUUCUUCAAGGUCGGGCAAACUCUGGACCAGCCACCAAUCAACUUCGACUCGUGGACUCUUGACACGAACGGCCCGCUCUACUAUUAUGCCAACGAGGGCCACCAACAGAUCAACUGGCACGUCGACGUUCGUGCCAACCAUGCCAGCCUGAUUCGCGAGGUCGCGGCCAAGGGCACCGUCCUUCUCAAGAACACGGGCUCGCUCCCGCUCAACAAGCCAAAGUUCCUCGCCGUUGUCGGGGAGGAUGCUGGCGCCAACCCUGCUGGCCCUAAUUCCUGCCCUGACAGAGGAUGUGACGACGGCACCCUUGGUAUGGGAUGGGGCUCUGGCUCUUCCAACUUCCCCUACCUGAUUACACCCGACGCUGCGCUCCAAGCUCAGGCGAUCAAGGAUGGUACGCGUUACGAGAGUAUCCUCUCGAACUACCAAAGUGCGGCAACAAAGUCUCUCGUCUCUCAGGCCAACGCGACCGCCAUCGUCUUCGUCAAUGCCAACUCUGGGGAGGGAUACAUCAACGUCGACGGCAACGAGGGCGACCGGAAGAACCUUACCCUCUGGCAUGAUGGUGACGCACUGAUCAAGAACGUGUCCAGCUGGUGCCCAAACACCAUUGUCGUCAUCCACUCGACCGGCCCGGUCCUCGUGACCGAAUGGUACGAUAGCCCGAACGUCACUGCCAUCCUGUGGGCGGGUGUCCCUGGCCAGGAAUCCGGCAACUCUAUCGUUGAGAUCCUCUACGGCAAGACGAACCCGUCCGGCCGCUCUCCGUUCACGUGGGGCGCUACCCGCGAGAGCUACGGUACUGAUGUCAUGUACGAGCCAAACAACGGCAAGGGUGCUCCUCAGCAGGACUUCUCCGAGGGAGUCAUGAUCGACUACCGCUACUUCGACCACGCCGACACCCCCGUCAUUUACGAGUUCGGCCACGGCCUCAGCUACACCACCUUCAAGUACAGCAACCUGCAGGUUCAGAAGUCCGGGGCGGGGACCUACAAGCCGACGAGCGGGACCACGAUCCCUGCCCCCACGUUCGGCAACUUCUCUACCGACCUGAAGGAUUACCAGUUCCCGAGCGGCGAGUUCCCGUACAUCCUGAAGUAUGUCUACCCGUACCUGAACAGCACCGACGCGGCCGAGGCCUCGAUGGACCCGCACUACGGCCAAACUGUUGACAAGUUCCUCCCACCGCACGCGACCGACGGGGAGGCGCAGCCGCUCCUCCGGUCGGCGGGCAAGAGCAGCCCCGGCGGCAACCGGCAGCUCUACGACACGCUGUACACGGUGACGGCGGAGAUCACUAACACGGGCUCCGUCGUCGGCAACGAGGUGCCGCAGCUCUACGUGUCCCUCGGCGGGCCAGACGAGCCAAAGGUGGUGCUGCGCGCCUUCGACCGCGUCCGCAUCGACCCGGGCCAGACGACGCGGUUCCGCGCCACGCUCACCCGCAGGGACCUCAGCAACUGGGACCCCGUCGUCCAGGACUGGGUCGUCAGCAGCCACCCCAAGACGGUGUACGUCGGCUGCAGCAGCAGGAAGUUGCCGCUCAGCGCGGUUCUGGCCUGAUUGUUGUUUCGUGAUGAUAGGGGCUUGUUUCCUUCCACCAAUGAUCCGAAUGGGAGUUGAGACUCUUGGUGAUGGCGGUGAUGAGAGCUGACGAAAACGCAUAUUGUUCCUUCGCUGUAGAUAUUAAUUGCUAGUUUCUAAUGGUAAACUUAGUCUACCCUGCUACUGUUCCAAAAGCUCACGUCCCUUCUUAAUCUC